AGCGCACAUGCAACAGGUCAGCCAGUUUCAUAGGUACAAAUCUGCUGACAAAUGCCCUUUCAAUGGGUGCAACUUCUAUAAACUUUGCCAGAUGCAAGUGUUAAGACUAAUGCUCAGAUCUUUAAUAUAUUUUCUCUAGGCAGAGGUACAGUACACAACAGGCCUGCCCUCUAUGCCUUGCCCUGCUAUCACCAUAGAACCCCUGGCCAUACAGAUAUGGACAUCUCUGAACAUUGUGGGUUUUAAGUUGGGAAGCCAUGAAGAAUGUAUUGCCUUGUAUGCAGAUACUCUCCUUUCUCCGUAGGACCCACAAGCAUCCCUAGCUGAGAUUUUCAUCAUGAAGCCUUUAAUGACCAAAAAAGUGAAGCAUGACAUAUUUAUAGAUUCUGCUGAAAAUAAUGGAAUCAUAAUUUCUAUUAUACAUUUAUCCAUGUAAGAAGAUAUCUUUAGAUGAUCCAAGUAUGUGUAUUGGAAACAGUGUGGAGACAAGUCUUUGCCCCACAAUGGAAAUAGAAGAAGCACUGUCAUCAUCUGUAACCUCCUGCUUCCGAUAUAUUAAUAUGACCACAUCUGUCGGUGGUCAAAAGCAUAUCACGUCUUUGUGGUUCUCUGCAGUUUUCUCCGUUAUCGGGCUUUCCUCCAACCUAUUUGCUUUUUGUGUCCUAGUUAGCGCAUCCAAGAAAACGCAAAGUCAUUCAAGGUCUUCUUUCUUAGUCUUUCUUGGAGGUUUGGUAGUCACAGACUUCAUGGGACUAUUAGUGACUGGUAUUAUUGUUGUGUCUUAUCAUAUCACUCAAUUUAACUGGCAGAUCCGUGAUCAAAAUUGUUACCUCUGUAACUUUUUUGGACUAUCUAUGGUUUUUUAUGGACAAUGCCCCCUUUUGCUAGGUGCAUCCAUGGCUGCUGAAAGGUUUUUUGGAAUAACUAAACCAUUUUCACAUUCUGCCAAUAUUUCAAAAAAGAGAGCAUACGGUAUUGUGGUCAUGGUGUGGUGUUUUGCUUUCUUUUUAGCUUUAUUUCCCAUAAUGGGCAUUGGGAGUUACACUUUACAAUACCCAAAGUCCUGGUGUUUUCUAACUUUGCUACAAGACCGAAAGAAUAAAGCCUUUGGAUUAAUCUUUUCCCUGACCGGUAUAUUUUCCGUCUGCCUAUCCUUCAUUUUGAAUACAGUCAGCGUUGUGACACUUUGCAGAGUUUAUCAUGACCGUGAGUCUGUCCAAAGACGCAGAGACAGUGAAGUAGAAAUGAUGGUCCAGCUGGUUGGGAUCAUGAUAAUUGCUAGUGUGUGCUGGCUUCCAUUGCUGAUUUUCAUAGCACAAACAGUUCUUCAGCAAUCCUUAAGUGAAGUGAUGGACAGAGAAAUACCCAGAGAAACAGAGAAACUGCUUCUAAUAUUUCUUCGAGUGGCAACAUGGAACCAGAUUUUGGAUCCCUGGGUUUAUAUCCUAUUUAGAAGAGCUGUUUUAAAGAGAAUUUACCCGAGCAUGAAAUCCCGUCGCUCAAUUGUAUCAUUAUAUCCAACACUUACCACUUCUUUACGUCGGAAAUACACUCAUGAAUCAGUCAUUAAUUAAUCAUAGCCUUUUCAACUACGGUUCUUGUGAGAAUUGCCUUCUUAUGUUAUAUGGCAUGUAGAGAAGGUAAUCUAGUUAGCUCGAGUUCUUGAGAAAUGUUUUCUACAGUCACUGUUGUUUGCAAUAAUAAUUUUCACUAUUGCAAUCGGCAGUUUCUAUAAAUAUCAGUGAAAGUCGUAGUUUACACGUAAUAGCCACUGUGUCUUUAUUUUUUUUACAGCCUGCUAUAUUCUUAUGAACUAUCAAUAAAACAAGAUAUGUACUUACAAUAUCCUCUUUUAACACCUUCUUGACACCGCAGUUUCCAUUUUUUGUUUUUUACUCCCUGCCUUCAAAGAGACAUAACUUUUUAAACUUGUUUUUCACAUAGCUCUAUGAGGGCUUGUUUUUUUACAGAACAAGUUGUGUUUUCUAAUGGCACUAUUUAUUAUUCUAUACGAUGUAGUGGAAAGCUGAAAAAUGUUUAAACUGGGUGGAAUAGAGAAAA